GAAGGAGUGGCAUCCCAUAAUGAGAACAUGCAGUAUUUGAACCUGGCAAUAACGGCAUGUGCUCAAAAGCAGAAGAAUCUCUGCGGCAGCCAACUGACCCAGGACCCCAGAGACGCCCGCCCUGCUAAACGGGACUCUAGCGGACAAAUUAAGAAAAACAUUGAAUCAAUAAGGGAUUCUGCACCCUUCAGCGUUCCCUUCGGGCCAAAUCUCAUCUCCGUGCGCUGUCAGCAAGACGACUCAACAGAAACGAGGGAGACGACCCCGAAAGAUGAGGAGGUCAAAUCUUCCAGGAACCGAGGAGGCAAAUCUCUAGAGGACUUCGCUGUCAGCUCAGACGCAGCACAGAGAACUGAGGCGGACACGAAACAGAAACGCACCCCUGGUUUGACUCAGUGUGGAUCAUGUGACUGUUCUGAUGGAACAUCUUCAGAGGAUUUAGAGGAUUCAAUAAUAACCACUAAUGACCUUUUAGACUGCCUGGUGCAUCCUGAUGUCAUCUCCCGUGUCACUGAGCUCUUACUGGAAAGGCACACAGGAACUCAGAGGACCUCUGCACCAUCCCAGCUUUAAUAUUCGCCUGCCACACACAGUACGCACGUUAGGUUCACUGGAGUUCAGUGAGUUAGAGCUGGAGGAAAAUAAACCUGCAGAUCCUUUGCUGCAGAAAUUCAUCCUCUGAGCUUACAGUAAUGGUUUGGUGUCAGUAAGAAGUGACAGAGGAGAGCUGAAGAUUAACACUUUUCUCCCUCCGGAGAUUGACCCCAGCUGCGAGAAGUCUCAGACCAAAACUAAUUGUAAUGCGACGACCGACACCAUCGAGUGGCUCGGAACAUUUCCUCGUUUUGUUAUCCUACACAGACUAAUCCUGUUUGCUUCUUCCCCAGCAAGAAAUACGAUCAUUUAAAUCAAUUUACUAUGCUAAUAAGGCAAAUAAUGCAGGAUGAUGUCGCUGGGAUGUGAACAUUUGUUUUCCGCGUAAUGUUUCCUGGUUGUUUAGUAAUGAGCACUGUCAUUGGACGGGAACAGGAGGCAGAUUGUAAUGGUUGAUGAUUGAUGUGAGGAGCCAUGAAAGAAAUCAGUCUCAGACGAAACGAAAGACGAGUGUGCGCCUACAAAUAUAAUAAAUAUCAUGUCACCAACAAUUUGUCAAAUG